AGCACUAGGAACGGUGUUUCCAUCGGUCCAGGGAUCUUAUCUGGAGGAUGUCUUUGGUGUUUCCGUUUAACUCCUCUGUCAAAACAACCCCCGUGACUUCUCAAGGAUUGUAUGGAGUUCAGCAAGAGGGGCGAUUGACGUCCCUGUGUUGGUGAAGCCCAGAUGAACACCGCUUUGAAACACUGGAAGGAGGCGGCUACCGUCAUCUUAGCGGCUGGAGUGAGACGCAGAAUUCCAGCGGGAGAUGAAGUCUUGAUGCGCGCCGUCUCCCCGCCGCCUUUACCGGUUGGCAGCCCGCCCUUGUGGCCCCACAAGUCGGCCUUUGACUACGAGGUCUUGUUGCUGAAGCGCAGCAGCAAAAGCGGCUUCAUGCCCAAUGCGUACGUCUUUCCCGGCGGCUUGGUUGAUCCGUCGGAUUUCUCCGCCGACUGGCAGGGAGUCUUCCAGGCGUUUCGCCGCUAUCCGAACUUCGGCCUGGGAGUCAUCAGGCAGCCGCCCGAGACGAGACCUCCAAUGUUCGCCACCGACAGGUCCAAGCUGGGCUCCCCCAUUCCCGGGGAGGUGGCUUUCAGGAUAUGCGCUGUUAGGGAGACCUUCGAGGAAGCCGGCGUACUCCUGGCUGUGCCUAUGAAGGAAGAGGCGGAGUCCGCCGUUCGGACCGGCGAGCAGGUCCCUCCGACGUUGACGGAGACCGGUCAGUUGUGGGACACGCAGGAACUGGCCCGGUGGAGGCUGCUGGUGAUGGAGAAUCCUGACAAUUUCAUCCGGAUGUGCGAGACCCUGCGGUGCAUGCCCAACAUCUGGGCCCUACACGAGUGGGGCAACUGGCUGACCCCCGGCGGCGUCUACGCGCAGCAGAGGAGGUACGACACCGCAUUUUUCAUCUGCUGCCUGCCAGGAGCCCCUGAAACGAUCCAGGACGAAAAGGAAAUUGUGCAUUUUAAGUGGUCGACGCCCUCGGAGGUGCUACACAGCUACCAGGCCCGGGAGCUGUGGAUAGCGCCCCCACAGUUCUACGACCUAAGCCGCAUGUGCCGCUUCCCACGGCUGCAGGAGCUGCACAGCUUUGCUGCAGCACGGGGACUGGAGGGCUGCGAGCGCUGGCUGCCCGUACGCCUAGUGUCCAAAGACUGCCUCGUUUCCCUGCUGCCAGGUGAUUUGCUGUACCCAGAUGACCCAGACAGCUCAGAGCAGACUGACAUCAUCCUGCGCAAAGAGCAGAGGUUGGAGGAGCUGCAGGCCGAGGACGACGCGCUGCAUCGCAUCGUCUUCCGCGACUCCCACAUCUCUACCGUGCUCAUCACCAUCGCACCCAAGUACAAGCAUCUGGCGCCCCUUCCCGGACCUACCUUUGGUACCACCCCAAAACCCACUGACCCCACCCUCACGACACGCUCCUCCCGGCUGUGAGCUGGAUCUGCUUUGUUUCAGGGGCAGCUUGGCUGGAUCGUUACACUGUUCUUUGGUCAGGGAAAUCCAAUUUAUUUUUAUAUAGCGCCUUUCACAACAGAGUUGUCCCAAGGCGCUUUACAUGGAUGUGUUGUAAAAUGUAAAUAAGAAGCUAAAAUCAAUUUAUGAACAUGUGUCGUGUACAAUCCUGCUGUUUCCUGUCGAUAGUAUUAGCUGAUAUAUGGUUAAAUGAUGGAUGGGUGGUUAUACAUACAUAUAAAUAGCUUCUGGAUAGUUGUGUAAUAUAAGUAUAAUUGAGAGAACAUAUAGAAAAUAUACCUCUGCAUUCUCACCACAAUAUAACAAUAUGCUUGGGUGCUGUAAAAGAUAUAUAUUUUUAAUAUGUUUACAAUUUAGAAAUGAGUUUUUCUAGGAACAAGCAUCAGACACUGAAAACUUCUUGGGAAGGAGUCCAGCUGGACCUUUGGAUUAAUGAACUGAAUCCUCUCACCUGGGCUUCUGAUUGGAGUGGAGAGCAUUUAUGAAACCUAAAUGAACACAAAAAUCCAUGGCUUUUCAUCCGUCUGAUCAAAAUGAAGAACUUAUUGUAGCUUAUUCACCAAGUGAUAUUUCACUUCUGGUGAAGACCAAUGUUUGUAGAAUUUCGGUAAUGAUUUUUAACUGGCCAGUCAUCAGAUAUGCUUGUGAGGGAUUUAGAAUUUGUAUCAAUAACACUGUAUGCACAAAAGUGCACUAUUUUGUGCUCUGUUUAUACAAUGAAUUUAUAAACUUGUCCCUUCAGUAACCUAA